CACUGCGAGUGUUUUUGUUUUGAUUUGUAAUAAUUUGUGUACAUUUUAAAACCAUUGGUUGUGAUUUUUGAAUUGUGAGUUUUGAUCGUUAUUAGUGCUUACUUACUUUUUAGCAGUUGACUCGGUUGAGUUAUUAUCGGGAGAUGCACAAACAACGGAUUUCCAAGGCGCCUGCAAGGCCAGCCAGAACAUCGGUGCUGACUUCCAUCAAGACCAUCGCUACCCGAUCGACGCUGAGACCGUCCACCCGAUUCAACCAGAUGCAGCCGAUCGCCAUUCCCAGCAUGUCAUACAAAGACCUGAUCAAAGUGGUCGGCGUGGAUCCGGAGUCGAAUUCUUCAUACUGGCGCAAAGCGAUCGAUCACUCGGCGGAGACAGUGGUCUUCUUCCAGGUGGAUCUGCGCGGCACGCUGCCCCGCAUGUGCAAGAGCGUCCGCAUCUGCCAGGAAGAAGAGAAUGCCUGCAUCCGUCUGGUGCCGUCGGUGUACAUUGGAGAGACGAUGCUCAGUCCCGCGUACAUCAAAACCAUCAUCGGACGGCAGUAUUUGGACGAUGAGGAUGAUCUGAUGAAACUGCUGGAGCACGCGGGAAUCCUCGAAGUGGAGGCAGUGAGUGAAGACCUGGAGGAAGAAAGGGGGUGUGAUGAGGAUGAGGCAGCCGCGGAAGAAGAGGAAUAUACGCCCUCCGCAAAGAGAAGGAAAUGUGCGACGCAAGUUCAGACGCUGACAGUACCGCGACCAGAUCCGGUUGUCAGUAAAAGCAGACCGCAGGUUGUGUAUCCAUCAGGGAAGAUCUCCAACGUGUACAGCAGUACAGUUAAUCGUAAAGUUCACCAGUCGCGGGAUGCCUCCGGAGAUCUCCCAGGCCAGGGUGCGGCAAUUAAACUGCCGUCCUCCGGCAUUCCGCGGUCUUCUUCGCCGGAACACGACGCAAUGGAUACUGAUGUGGACUUUGAUGAACUCUCCGAUGGUGAAAAUCCGCUGACACCAGCUGGCAACGAAUGCUCCCUGGAAUCAACGGAAUGCAGUGUUCCUGGAUCAUCCAAACCUUACGAGUCCAAUGGAAAACAAGUGCGUACAACGGAUACCAUGCAGGACGGAACAGAUGAGGAAGGCGAUUUAGGCAAGAAAUCAGGUUGGAAUGUUUUGAAAGACGUUUUGCUUAAAAAACCAAGGAAUCCAACCCAAUCUACCGGCAGCGAAACCGCCAUUUGGUUUUCCCAUGACGAAGUGGGUGUGUUGAUUGACACCGUGGCAACCCUCCCCGUUCUGUGGAGCGGUGAAGUGACCGUGCCGGGCCGCCCAGCGGACGUCAAACAGCGUGCCUGGGAUACCGUGGCGGCUGCCGUCAACCGCGUCGCCGUGGAGAACGGCGAGCCCAUCAAGAGCGGUCUUCAGUGUCAGAAAAAGUGGCGGAUUGUACUGAGUGUUUUCCUGCGGAUCGUGCGGACCCAUGGGAAGGCCGGCAAGGUCAUCACCACCUGGGUGUGGGCUCCCAAGAUGAUGUUCGUCCUCUCGGAGUCCAGUUUGUAUUUGAAGAACGUACAAGAGCAUCUGUGGAAGGAGUGAAUUACUACAUGCGUCCAUGAUUAUUCUCUUUGAUUUCUGUUCUUUGUUCAUGAAUUUUGGUAGUUACUUCUGUUGGCAUAGCGUUGUUUGUUCAUGUAAAUAGUACUAAAUACCAAACAUUUUCAGAGAUUAUCGGUAUACUACGGGCACAAUACCGUGUAUUAUGAAUCUCGUAGUAAAUCGAACAAGUUUACUGCCCUUCGU